GCUUCGACUAGGCAGAGCAGCGGCGGUAUGUCGAAGCUAUCGUGCAUACGGAAGGGUUGCUGGCCUGGCCAGUCAAUCCUCACCCAGCUUCAGAUAAUUGAAUUACCUUUUAUCUCUUCCGUUGGUCCUUUGACCCGAUUGAUACACCAAGUCCCGAAUCUCUUCUAUAUCAUUGUCUGAUCUUCCCAGAUCUGCUUUCUUUGUUUGCUAUACCUUUUGCUUGCUAACACAGUGUUUUCGUACCUACCGAGCAUAACAUACAGCUGCGAAGGUAAAUCAGCACGAAAUGGCCCUCGAAAGACUCAAGUCAGUUGCCCAGCACGUCGCUGGCACAGGCCCUCCUCCUCACCCAUUCGAUCCCCUCUCCAAUGCCGAGAUCGAGAAGGUAGUUUCGAUCAUCCGCAGCGCGCACGGGAAGCUCUUCUACAAUGCUGUCACGCUCCGGGAACCGAAGAAGCAGGAGAUGCUGAGAUGGCUCGAGAAUUCAACAUCUUCGCCGAGGCCGACAAGAGUGGCAGAUGUCGUCGCUCUUGCGCCGGGAGGAGCAGUGUUUGAUGGCUUGGUGGACUUGGAGGCGGGGAAAAUCACCAAGUGGGAGAAGCUUGAGGGUGUUCAACCGCUGAUCACUAUGGAAGACCUCCAGAUCGUAGAGCACGUCUGCCGGAAAGACCCCAAGGUCAUUGAGCAAUGCGUGUUGAGCGGGAUACCAGCGUCGGACAUGCACAAGGUUUACUGCGAUCCUUGGACAAUUGGAUACGACCACAGAUUCGGCAGCGAUAUUCGAUUGCAGCAAGCACUUAUGUACUACCGACCACACGUUGAUGACAGCCAAUACUCGUUUCCCCUCGACUUCUGCCCCAUCUUCGACGCUGACAAGCAAGAGAUCAUUCACAUCGACAUUCCCGAGAUCCGCAGACCAGUCAGCAAGGCGAAGCCCAACAAUUAUCAUGCUGCCAGUAUCGAGGUAGAGGGAGGAUAUAGGAAAGAUAUCAAGCCCAUCAAUAUCACACAACCAGAGGGUGUCUCAUUUAAGGUGGAAGGACGAGUGAUUGACUGGCAGAACUGGAAAGUCCAUGUUGGAUUCAACUACAAGGAGGGAAUUGUGCUCAACAAUAUCACAUACAAUGACAAGGGAACUGUUCGGCCUAUUUUCUACAGACUUUCGUUGGCGGAGAUGGUGGUGCCUUACGGAAACCCGGAACAUCCUCACCAACGGAAGCAUGCUUUCGACCUUGGAGAGUAUGGUGGAGGAUACAUGACCAAUAGUCUCUCCCUUGGCUGUGAUUGCAAGGGGGCCAUUCAUUAUAUGGACGCAGCAUUCGUCAACCGUGCUGGAGAAAGCACCACAAUCAAGAAUGCCAUUUGCAUCCAUGAAGAGGAUGCAGGCAUUUUAUUCAAACAUACAGAUUUCCGUGACGAUUCGGUCAUCGUCACCAGAGGCCGGAAACUCAUCAUCUCGCACAUUUUCACGGCUGCGAACUACGAAUACUGCGUUUACUGGAUCUUCCACCAAGACGGCACUGUUCAACUCGAGAUCAAGCUCACAGGUAUCCUAAACACAUACGCCAUGAAUCCGGGUGAGGAUACCAAAGGAUGGGGAACAGAAGUCUAUCCAGGAGUUAAUGCUCACAACCAUCAACAUCUCUUCUGUUUGCGGAUCGAUCCUAACAUCGAUGGCCCAAACAACACGGUCUUCCAAGUCGACGCUUCCCAGGGUGCAGGCGAGGUAGGUAGUAAGGAGAACUUUUAUGGAAAUGCCUUCUAUGCCAAGAGGACCAAGUAUUCGACUGUUAAGGAGGCAGUCAGUGAUUAUGAUGGAGUUACUUCGCGAACUUGGGAUAUGUGCAACCCCAACAAACUAAAUCCACACAGCCACAAGCCUGUCAGCUACAAGCUCGUGAGUAGAGAAGUCCCCAAACUUCUUCCCAAGGAAGGUUCUUUGGUUUGGAAGCGUGCAGGUUUCGCCCGUCACGCUGUCCAUGUCACACAAUACGACGACGACCAAAUACUCCCCGCCGGCCGGCACGUCCCCCAAACCUCAGGCGAACCCUCUCGAGGUAUCCCCGAAUGGAUCGCGAACGGCGAUGCCUCAAUCGACAAUACCGACAUCGUCCUCUGGCACACCUUCGGCAUCACGCAUUUCCCUGCCCCUGAGGACUUCCCUGUCAUGCCUGCAGAACCUAUGACAUUGUUGCUGCGACCAAGGAAUUUCUUCGCACGGAAUCCAGCGCUUGAUGUACCGCCUAGCUAUUGCAGUACGCCGAGCCAAGUUGCGAGUAAGGAGAAGGUGUUGGAUGCUGCGGAUAAGAUGUCGAAGCUGGUUGUUACUGGUGGCGAGGCGUGUUGUAAAAAGUAAAGUGACGGUUUGGGUCUGGUUUCUUGAUCGUUUGACAUGAAAUGUAUAUUUUCGCAUCCCCUGCUCCCAUUUUCGAAUCCUGGUCAUGUAUAUGAUAUAUCGCGAGUUUUCGUAGCCCAGAGGUUGGAGGGUGAUCAUUUUGGCAAAUCGUCUAGAGGAACAUAGACCUGAGCUCAAAGAAUAAUGACAGCAGGCUCCAUUUCUCUUCAGAUCUAGUCUCUGGACUUAAGCAGCGGCUCGUUUCUGAGCGUUUCUGAGAAUUCCUGAGCACGAC